AUGAUUCCUCCAGGCUCAGAUCAAGUUGUACGUCGCCAGGAACUUAGUGAUGAUAGCUACAGCAGCUUUCAGCCACCUCCAGACUCAGAUUCUGAGAUGUCACGGUGGUGUGAAGAAAUGAUGAACCUGCCGGUGAUGGAAGGCUGGUCUGAGUCGUUGGACAUGCCAGCCCCGCUGGGCAUCAUACCCCCGCUCCAUGAAAACGAGUCAGACCCCCACAGUAAUUCAACUCCUGGGCCUAGUCAGGCUCAUCACACCCCCGUGGAGACUCCGCUAUCCAUCGAAGAAUUUAUGGCCAUGAUCAUGAGCUUUGACGCAACCGCCAGUGCCACUGAGGCUGAAGUCGCGGCCGCAGCCCCGCAUCUACACUCCCGCUUGUCGAAUGUACGCUUAUUGCGUCAGGUUGACCCGCCGCCGCCAUCCAGAACUCGAUACACCCCUUACGAAAUUCUCGACAGGCCUGACAUUCAUCGUGGCAAGCAUUGCCUCACUGACGAUGUCGAACAUCACGCUGGACCGUCACAGCACAGCUCGAUGCCAGUACCAUUAGCCAUUCCAGUACCACCUCCUGCAGCACCAUUGUCUACGACGUCUGAGUCAUUGCCCUCACUUGCUGUGCCGAUUGGACUUGAGAACCUCGUACCCCAGGUGAAAUUGAGGGCCAAACAGCGCAUGAAACAGUCGAUGUUCGACGACUCGUUUCUACUUUCAUCCCAGAAAAGAUCGGAAAAGGCGCUUGCCAGUCUCGUUGCCGUCAUAUCCACAUUCAAUAAUCGCAAAAUAGCUGAACUCGUUCUGUGGUCCCUCGGGAGUGAGGCCAAAAAGGACGCAGACAAAAUUGGUGAGACCGCCAAGUACCUGAGGAAACAGGUCAAGGAUAUAGUUCGGAUGGCGGUUUUAUUUGGCUACAAUUUAAACAACGCGUUGGCAACCCAAACGCAGGAAGAGAUGGAGGUUACCAUCAGAAACCUUCUGCAAGGUGACGCAUUCCUAAACGGAGAUAUCGAGGUGGGGGGACAGACUAUACUCGGUGUGCCGUUCGGGAACAGAGUAGUGCGGCAUUUCAUGCAGCACAUACUGUUCUACCAACUUAACCUCCAGCAAUACGUCGGCCCUAGCCGAAAUCUCGGGGCAUUAUUUGCUUUCAUCGGGACAUUAUUUGAGUGGGCGUUGAGAGAACUGUCGACUGGUGUUUUCAUCCCAAGUGACUUUGACUUGUCCCGUGCCAGGGUCGAUGAGCAGCAAUGGGAGCAGAGCCAUCAGUAUUACGAACCGCCUGUAUUUAGUACCUCCUCAAUGUUUGAUGUUGCUGACGAUCACGAAGGUCGAGGAUCGACUUAUGCACUCAACGACUCGUGUCACAUUUCACCUAUCAUUGAUUCAUAUCCGAACCUCGGAAAAAUCGUCAACGCAUACGUGGUGCUGUAA